CACAAGAAAAAUGUCUAUGAUCUAUACCUAUCACAAUCACCUUCUCUUGCAAUAUCCCAUAUCCAGAUAACUCCAUCCUUUUGUAUGUAUUCUUAAUUUCAGUCCUUAUUAAUUUCACUUGUAUGAAGAAAAAUCCCAUUAUAUCUGCAACUAUGGCUUCCCAUAUUCUCCUUCCUCGUCUCCUCCCUUUACUGGCAACUCUACUGACUCAGGUUUUUGCCGCUGAUUUUAUGUACCCUUUCAAUUGCUCUGCAACCUUAAAAACUUGUGAUUCUUUACUCUACCAUAUCAACAAAGGUCUCCAGCAAGAACAAGUUGCUGCUUUUUACAAUGUAAACUUAACCCAGAUCACCCCCAUUUUCCGCGGAGACAAACAAGACUAUUUUGUAAGUGUCCCUUGUUCUUGCCAAAACAUCAAUGACACCACAGGAUAUUUCUAUGAUGCAUCCUACCUAGUCCAAGAAAACGACACGUUUGUGAACGUUUCGCAGCAGAUUUAUAGCGGGCAAGCUUGGGAGGUUGGAGAUGAAAAAGAUAAAUUUAAGACAGGAAGUAGAGUUCCUAUGCAUCUGUUGUGUGGGUGUGUAGAUAGUGAGUCCCAAGUUGUGGGAACGUACACUGUUCAGCAGAAUGACACAAUUUCAGAUAUUGCUAGUAGACUAUAUUCUACUGUAAGUGGCAUACAGAGCUUGAAUAGUGCUCUGAUUCAAGACCCAAAUCUUCUGGUUGUGGGCUGGGUGUUGUUUGUACCCAUGGAGCUAACUGAAGGCGUUGCACCAGCACCGAGGUGA